AUGGAAGACAGCGAGGAGCCUAGCGCCCAGUCCUCUCACUCUGGGAGCACAGGCUCCAAGUCGGGAGGCGGCGAGGAGCCUUGCGCCCAGUCCUCUGACCCUGGGAGCGCAGGCUCCAAGUCGGAAGGCUGCGAGGAGCCUUGCGCCCAGUCCUCUGACCCUGGGAGCGCAGGCUCUAAGGCAGGAGAGGACAAAAUGUUCUCUCUCAAGAAGUGGAACGCGGUGGCCACGUGGAGCUGGGACGUGGAGUGCGAUACAUGUCCUGUCUGCAGGGUCCGGGUGAUAGAUGCCUGUCUUAGAUGUCAAGCUGACAAGAAACAAGAGGACUGUGUUGUGGUCUGGGGAGAAUGUAAUCAUUCCUUCCACAACUGCUGCAUGUCCCUGUGGGUGAAACAGAACAGUUUCUGCCCUCUCUGCCAUCAAGACUGGGUAGUCAAACGAAUCGGCAAAUGA